AUGGUGCUGAGAGGCUGGGUGGGGCAAACAACGAAUGGGAAACCUGGAAUGGGUAAGAAGAUCACCAUGUACAGGACGGCUGUGACGGCUAUGAAGAUGAGGACCUUCCUGGCUCGUUGGGGAGUUGCCACUGGUGCCCAGUUCGAUUGUGAUUUCGAUUCUGGACUGUGUGGAUGGACCCAAGAUUUAACAGACGCGUUUGAUUGGACCUUAUUAUCUGGUCCUACCACCUCAGUUGACACAGGACCAAGUUCAGACCACACUACAAGAGCUGGUCAGUAUGCAUACAUCGAAUCGUCCAGCCCCCAACUUCCGGGGGAGAUCGCCCGACUGACCAGCCCAUACAAUCAGGUCGUCGCCGGCGGGACAAAAUGUCUUCGAUUUUAUUACCACAUGUAUGGGGCGACUAUGGGCACUUUAAACGUCUACGUCUCAAAAGUGGGUGACCCCCUCAGCAGUCCCCUCUUCCAGAUGACGGGAACACAAGGCGAUGGCUGGAAUCUCGGCCAGUUGGAUAUCACACGUGCAGACACAGAUCGAUUUCAAGUCACCGUGGAGGGCGUGAUCGGAUCCAGUUUUACAAGUGACAUGGCUAUCGAUGACAUCAUCAUAUUUUCAGGAUAUUGUCCGCAAGUGGUGGUCACUCCAGAGCCUUCAUCAAUACCAGCCCUGAUCCAGUGUGACUUUGAGGACCCGAACAUCUGUGGAUACACCCAGCAGACGAGCGGCGAUGAUUUUGAUUGGCUGAGACAGAGUGCAAACACCCCUUCAACAGACACAGGCCCGCCCAAUGACCACACCCUUGGAACGGCGGCUGGCUUCUACAUGUUCAUCGAGUCCUCCUCUCCUCGCAUCCAAGGCGAACUGGCCCGUUUGUGGUCACCGACCUACCAGGUCGCUGGCGGCCAUUGCAUCGAGUUUUUCUACCACAUGUACGGGGGUUCCAUCGGUACGCUCAGUGUGUACAUCGUGGAGACUGGCCAAGACAUUCUGCAGCUGCUCCCUAGUUGGGGUGAGUCGGCCGAUCAAGGAAACCAGUGGUACAUCGCAAGGUUCCUGGCUCCAACUACGAAUGAUUAUCAGAUUGUAUUUGAAGGCGUUAUUGGAACGAGUUUCACUUCCGAUAUCGCGAUUGAUGACGUCAGAAUUACAGAUGGUUCUUGUCUCGCUCAAGGCGAUUGUGAUUUUGAAGCCGAUUAUUGUACUUGGACAAAUGACGUCACAGCCGAUGACUUCGAUUGGAUUAGGAAGCAGGGCGCCACCAAUGGUGAUGGACCUCCAACGGAUCAUACAAUUGGCUCAUCAGCAGGGUAUUACGUAUACCUUGAUCCAACUAAUCAGGUGCCUAGUAAAAACGCCCGUAUGGUCAGUUCGCUGUUCAACAACCAAACUGCGACGAGAAGGUGCGUUACUUUCUGGUAUUAUCUGGAAGGAGUUGAUGCAGGCGCCCUCUCCGUUGCUCAAGAGAACUACGGGUUUCCAGAUGACGUCAUCCUCUGGAGGCUAGACUCAACUCAGGGUGCUUUGUGGACUUACGGACAAGUGCCUGUAUCACAAGACUACGAUUACAGGGUUGUCUUCAUCGGCGAAGUAGGUGCUUCCACCACAGGAAAUAUUGCAGUUGAUGACAUUACUGUUACAGACAAUAAUUGCCCAGCUAUACCAAACAGUGCAAUUGCACAGCCGACGUUCCCGCCUUCCAGUCAACUGCCCACUACAGCCCCACACAUAGUCAUUCCUGCUGGGCCGGCUAACUGUGACUUUGAAGGGGGUCUGUGUAGCUUUGGUCAAGAUUCGGGGGAUGACUUCGAUUGGACCAGGAAGUCUGGACCUACGGACACGGCUAACACCGGACCAGACGACGAUCACACACACGCUGGAAGUUUCAGCUCAUACAUGUACACCGAGGCCGAUUCGACAAGCAUAGGACAGUCUGCACGCUUGAGGAGCGCCCUCUACAGUCCCGUCACUUCGGAUUCCUGCCUGACCUUUUGGUACCACAUGCAUGGUGAGCAGAUCGGUAUCAUCAACGUCCUGACUGCUUCCGGGUCAGCAGAAACACUGGCUUGGACCAGGGCCGGAACACAGGGAGACCAAUGGCUGGUUGCUCGGGUACCAGUCACCGGAACGACACCUUUCAAUGUUAUAUUUGAAGGAAUAAUGAGUGGUGAUCCAAGAUGCGAUAUGGCUGUUGAUGACAUUCUUCUGGAAAACGAGGAUUGUUUGGCAAUCACUCCGAGCCCAGGAGCUUUUAGCCCUGUGUGCGAUUUUGAGUACGGUUAUGCAGUAUGUGGAUACAACCAGGAAAGUCUGCUAGAUGAUUUUGACUGGAGUCUUGGAUCAGGACCUACUGAUACUGCCCUGACUGGCCCGUCGGCUGACCACACGACCAAUGCAAUCAAUGGUAAAUACAUGUACAUCGAGACAGAAGCCCCCAGAGUUCAGGGGGAGAGGGCAUGGCUAUAUUCACAUACCUUCCCGGCUACAGGUAGCCACUGCUUCGAGUUUUACUACCACAUGUACGGAGAUAACAUCGGAUCGCUAAAUGUUCUUGUCGAGGUUGGAGGACUAUUCUCCCAGCCCUACUUCACACUAUCCGGUAACCUAGGCAACCAAUGGAACGUGGCUCGCAUCCCAUUCAGUAUCAACGAUGAUUUUCAGGUGUACUUUGAAGCGACCGUAGGUGAUGGAGUUCUGGGAAACAUCGCUGUAGACGACAUCGAUAUGUAUGCCGGGUCAUGUCCGCCACCAGGUGAUUGUGAUUUUGAGAAUGGUUUCUGCACCUGGAACAACGACCCUACGUCGGACGCGUUCGAUUGGAUUAUAGGACAGGGUGGUACGCCUAGUGUCAACACAGGUCCAAGUAUAGACCACACCCUUGGGACUGUUCAAGGGUCGUAUGUCUUUAUGGAGACUUCUUCACCAGUCGUUCCCGGGGACACAGUGCGCUUCCGCAGCCAGGCAUUUGGUGGGACGCCUUCUGGCGGGCGUUGCCUUCGAUUUUGGUACCACAUGUUUGGAACCCAGAUCGGAUCCCUCAAUGUAUACGUGGAAACUAUAGAGGGCGCCGUAAGGUCCGAUGGGUGGUCUUACGGAGUGGACCUAGGCGACCGAUGGAACAGUGGACAGAUGCCUGUAGAGAGUCCAGACAGCUAUGUGGUUGUGUUUGAGGGUGUGGUCGGACUGGGGUUCGAAGGCGACAUUGCUCUGGACGACAUCUCUUUUGUUGAUUCUACAUGCGGAGUUCAACCACCAGCGGCUGAUGUUCGCCCCACUACAACAGCGCAGCCAUACACAGGCACAGGGACCCAACCAGUUCCUACAACAGUAGCCCCAAGCCCAAUCUGCGGUUGUGACUUUGACUUGGACCUGUGCACCUUUACCCAAGCUAUUACCGAUGAUAUUGAUUGGACGAGGCUGUCGGGUAACACGCCCUCUACGUAUACCGGCCCGGAAAAUGACCAUACAAUUGGCACAGCGGCUGGAUUCUACAUCUACACAGAAGCAUCGAGCUUUUUUAACCAAGUUGCCGUACUGGAGUCGGAACUCAUUCUUGCGACGUCCGGGCGAAUGUGCGCCGAUUUUUGGUACCACAUGUGGGGUGCUGACAUGGGUACACUCAAUGUCUAUGCCCAGACCGGAACCACGCCGGGCCAGGUCUUAUGGACCCAAAGUGGGGCUCUGUCAAGGAGCUGGUUUGAGGCCCAGAUUGAUUUUAUCCCUACUGCCGAUCUUAAGUUCGUAUUUGAGGGCGUUACUGGUUCAAAUUUCGACAGUGACAUCGCUCUCGAUGACAUCUUCAUCACAACAGGGGCAUGCAGAGGAUACCACACGUGUACGUUCGAGGACGCCUCCAUCUGCGGUUAUUCCCAGGGCAAUCUCGACGAUUUUGAUUGGUCAUGGAACGCAGGAACCACGCCCACUCUUUAUACCGGUCCCUCGGUAGAUGCUACCACCAGAACAGCAUCCGGUCACUACAUGUACAUCGACGCUGCUGGUCAGCAGCCAGGGGAGAAAGCGACCAUUCUGACACCAUACUUUGACCCUUCUGAUGCCGGCCAAGAUGACACCUGCUGGACAUUUUACUAUCAUAUGUUCGGUGAUCAGAUGGGCGCCCUCAACGUCAUGCUUGAAGGUGACACGGUGCCCCUAUGGACACAGUCCGCCGCUGACCUGGGUGAUACAUGGUUCUUUGCGGUAGUCAAUGUCUCAAGUUCAGCUGUCUUCCGUUUGGUCUUCGAGGGCGUGGUCGGUGCUGGACCUAGGAGUGACUUGGCCAUUGACGAUGUCGACUAUACGCUGGGACCGUGCGGAUCUAUAGGUUCUUGUGACUUUGAGAAUGGAAUGUGCAUGUGGAGUAACAUCGAUGCGGAUAGUUUUGAUUGGUUACGAUACCAGAGUAGCACCCCUAGCACUGGUACAGGACCAAAUGUUGACCAUACCCUUGGGACAUCAUCGGGACAUUACAUGUUUGUCGAGACGUCACCCCAGAUCGCCGGGGAACAAGCCGUGCUCUUCCUUGGCGCCCCGAGUCUCACGGGGCAGCGCUGCCUCAGUUUCUGGUACAUGAUGUUUGGCGUGGACACCGGGGAGCUCGUGGUCUAUACAUCGAUGGGAUCGGGGAGUCUCAGCCGGGAGGUCCUGUGGAUGCUCGCUGGUCAGCAGAAUAUUGACCAGCAGACCUGGCUCAACGGACAGGUCACCGUAGACUUCGACACUGUAGAUGAGAUAUAUAUUGCUGCUAUUUUAACUACGGUACCCUAUGGUGACACUGCUAUUGACGACAUUGACAUUGCAGAGGGAGCAUGCGAUAUCCAACCGACAUAUGCUGAACCGAAUACACUCACUGGUUCGGCGUCUUGCAAUUUCGAUGGAGAUCUGUGUUCGUAUGUCCAAGAUGUCGCCGAUGAUUUUAACUGGGCCAGGAUAACAGGAGCUACAACAUCAACCAAUACAGGCCCUUCUAAUGAUCAUACAUCUGGAUCAGGGUUCUACGUGUACAUCGAGAGUUCUAGCCCACGGUUACCAGGUGAAAAGGCCAGACUCGUGUCGACUCUCCAGAAUGCAACCACCUCUGGAGGGCGCUGUUUGGAGUUUUACUACCACAUGUAUGGCGCCACCAUGGGCGCCCUCAACGUCAAUGUCCUUGAUGAGUCCGGGUCAGAGACCACUAUCUUCACCAAAGGGUUGAGAGAUUAUGGAAAUAGGUGGCUCCUCUCGUCGAUUAAUAUUGACUCGGGCGGGAGCAACUUCAAGGUGGGUAUCAAGCCCCUUUCAGUAGGUAGCUGCGAUUAUAUCAGAAUUGACUCUCGAAGACGUCUCGAGAUCAUCUGA